AUGGAAAGUGAUAAAGGACAAGGACACAAUUGUCUAGCUGAAUUUGUAGAUUUUAACGGCACAGCACGGAGUGAAAUUAUUUCUGUUAGUGACGGUAUAGUUGAUUUUGGUGUAGUUCAAUGUCAAUGCUACGGCUAUCUAUAUUAUUACUCUCGAAAUGGAGAACCACGAGCAGGGUGUAUACCAAAACCACCCACUACACAACCAGCUAUGUGUACAUGUAUUGAUGGUACUCAAGUACCAUAUAGAGAAACGGUUUGGAUAACAGCCUGUCACAUCCUGGAUGCAUGUGUGAUGAUUAUAGUUUAG